GCCCGGGCAUGGCCGCGGCGAGGGCGCUGGGCGGCAGCCUAGGCGCGCCCGCCCCGCACUGCCUCAGCGCGGCGAGCGGCGGACAGGCACCCUCGCGGGGAGGAGCCGGCGGCCCCGGGACCCGCCGCCGCGCGCCUGAACCCGCCCAUCCGGCUCCUUCUCCUCCCCAUGGGCGGGAGCGGCUCUGGCCCAGAGCCCACGGAGGAGCCAACUGCGGCCCCCAACCGAGCACCGCCAGCCCUGGGUGCCCCCUCACUUACACGUUUCUCCCCGGAACACCUGCCUUCACGCGGCCCCUGGAGGUCCCCGGAGUGGAUGGGGGUGGGCUGCUACCCUGGCCGCCCAGAGCCGGGGAUGCCCGCCUGGGGCAUCUCCCAGCUGAGCGGGAAGAGGGAUCCCGCCCAGUUCCGGGAGCUGAGUACCAGCGUGGACGUGAUGUCGAGGAGGUGUCACCGUCAGAGGAUGCAGCAUGUGUAAACUCAUGUAGAGUUUCUGACCAGACAAGACCUGCUGGAAAUUCCCAGGAUCUUCCUUUUUUAAGGUAGAAGUUAAUAAUAUGUUAUAUAUAUUGCUUUUUUCCUCCUUCCUUUCUGCAAAUGUUCUAUACUUUUUGUAUGAUUCUGAGAUAUCUUCUCCUGUAUCCCCACCCAUUGCUAACAUCACCAAAGUCCCUCUUACAAAAAUCUUUCUUCCUUUUUGGACAAUGCAAUUGUGCAAUCCAAUGUUUUUCUGCAUUUUUUUUAAUCUUUAUAAGGCUUGCUGCAAAAAUAUCUCUGCUCUCCAUUACCUCUUCCUUAAAAUUCCUUCUUCUUCUCAAAGAAAUGACCCAAUUAAAGCAAUACCUGUGUACCAUAACCAAAGCUUUCAAGGUUGUUUUAAAUGAGAUGCAGAAGUAAAUACACAUAUGUCUAAUUUCAACUAAACUGAACUUGUAGUAGCAAAGAGAUUUCUGCCUUUUUUGAGAUGAGUCUCUCAAUGGAGUGCAAUGGCUCCAUCUUGGCCAACUGCAACCUCUGCCUCCUGGGUUCAAGCGAUUCUCCUGCCUCAGCCUCCCAAGUAGAAUA